CCCCCACCCUCACCCCCCUCCUCACCAGCCAUCGGUGAGCACAGGGACGCCUUUAAAAACGGAGUGACCUGGCUGCAGGCUCCUGUUCACCCCUCCGCGGCGCAUUCCGACGUGCUCCACUUCUCUUCCUCGCUCCUACACCCCGUGUCUCUCCAUCUCUCACGCACUCUCUCCCCGUGUCUCUCUCCACCUCUCACGCUCCCACACCCCGUGCCUCUUCCUCGCUCCCACACCCCGUGUCUCUCCAUCUCUCACGCACUCUCUCCCCGUGUCUCUCUCCACCUCUCACGCUCCCACACCCCGUGCCUCUUCCUCGCUCCCACACCCCGUGUCUCGCCAUCUCUCACGCACUCUCUCCCCGUGUCUCUCUCCACCUCGCACGCUCCCACACCCUGUCUCUCUCCACCUCUCCCCGUCUCUCUCCCCGCGUCUCUCCAUCUCUCCCAAAUUCUUCCCUAAAACCCCUCUCACUCCCCCUGUCUCUCUCGUGUUUCAUUGCGUGUUUUGUUUGCUUCGUCCCGCAAGUUGACUUUUCAAGUGCAGGGCGUUUGGAGAUGGCCUCGGCCACGAUGAGCCUGGCGUCUGCUGUGCCGCUUCUUCUCUGCGCGCUGGCGCUGCUGAGCGUGCUGCAGGGGACUGCAGGCGUCCACGCGUCUCUCCGCUGGUGCACCAUAUCGACGGGCGAGGAGAACAAGUGCAGCGCCAUGAAGAUUGCGCUGACCGGGGCGGGCAUCUCGCCGCCGCUGCAGUGCGUGAGCGCAGGCGACCGCAAGGAGUGCGUGCAGAAGAUCGAGGACGGCCACGCCGACGCGGUAAGCCUGGACUCUGGGGAGGUGUUCACCGCGGGGAAAUACCACGGCCUGCAGGUGGCGGCUGCCGAGGCCUAUACAGCGAGCACCGUCGACCCCACCUACUACGCCGUGGCCGUGGUGCGCAAGGCGGCGCCGGCGAGCGUCACGUUCCCCACGCUGCGGGGGACGCGCUCGUGCCACACGGGGCUCGGCCGCACCGCCGGGUGGCUCAUCCCCGUGGGGAGGCUGCGGGAGAGCGGCGAGAUCAAGGGGGACGGCUGCGACAUCCCCAAGGAGGUGGCAAGUUUCUUCAACGCGAGCUGCGUGCCGGGCGCGGGCAACCUUCCGCCCAGCCUGUGCCACCUGUGCAUCGGGAACGAGGCGGGGGGAGAGAAGUGCGCAGCCUCCAACCACGAGCGAUUCUUCGGCUACACUGGAGCCUUCCGCUGUCUGGCGUCAGGAUCGGGGGAUGUGGCCUUUGUGAAGCACACGACUGUCACAGACAACACAGACGGUCACAACCCCGACGAGUGGGCACGCGGCCUUCUCUCCACCGACUUUGAGCUGCUCUGUCCGAGUGGAACUCGUCUCCCGGUCACGGGUUUCAAGUCCUGCAACCUGGCCAGUGUCCCCCCGCACGCCGUGGUGACGCGCUCCAGCUCCGAUCCCCGCUGGAUCUUCGACAUCCUCGACGCCGCGCAGAAGGAAUUUGGCAGCGACAAUGGGACGCAGUUCAAGAUGUUCGACUCGAGCGGUUUCCAGGGGACCGAUCUGCUCUUCAAGGACUCCACCGUCAGCCUCUUCUACCCAGAAGGCCGCCUGGGCUACAAGGAGUGGCUGGGCGGCGGCUUGCUGGACUCCAUGGAGGGCAUGGACUGCAAUGGCGCCAAGCCCGCAGUGGUGAGCUCCGUGGCCCUGGUGGCGGUUGCGACCGCACUCUGGGCCAUUCUCCUCGCCUGAGCCGCACGGCCCUAAGGGGCCACGGGCGGCACCAGGGCUCCCGCCGGCCCUGAAGCACCGCGGAGCUGCUGACGCUGCAGCCCGCAGCGGUGCCACGUGGGGCUCAGGGGGUGAGCUGCUGCUGCUGCUGCUGCACGACGGGGCGUGGGGGACUAAUCUGGCUGCACUGCGCGUCCUCGAGCUAGCGCGGGGGUCCAUCACACCGUGUGGUGUAUCGAUAACGGGAGGUUUUACUGUGGGGGCGGACCCAUACAAAUAUGAAAGUAAUUGGAACAAGUUGAAAGUUCCUUCCCCGACAACUCAAAUAUUGAAGAGCGUGCAAAGCAAUGCUGACUUGUUGGUGGCUGCGUCUCCAUUCUGCCACCCAGUAUACUUGGAACGUUGGCCCGACGUUGGGCCAAUGGAUCCAACCACGUGCCAGCCAAUAUUGGCCCAAUGGCGAAUGUUUACUGGGUGGCCACAGACCAAACCCGGGCAUAUGUCGCAGUCAGCACUCGGUCUUAUUACCAUCAUCAGCAUUUUGUUGCAGUUGCUUGUAAUACAGUUUCACACAAUACCGGUACCAGGCCACAGUACAAAUACAUUCCUGCCACCCAAACACAGACAACUAUUCAUGGACCGUACCAGGUAACACCUGGACAGGUGGCAACGGGCAUCUCCACGCGCAGUCCCAGUUGAGGACUGACUGCACACUGUGCAGUGCCUUGUGUGCAGCACUGUAUUGUGUCCCACAAUUGUCUCUUUGUCAUUUCCAGUGGUCUUACUGGCAUUCUUUUCAACUUUUAUAUUGCUUUUUUAAUUUUAUAUCAAAUUUAAAAAAGCACACGUAAAAGCAAUUCAAGCUGUACAUGGGGUUUUGUUUAGAUGAUGGAUAUAUCACGGGGCACCACACCCCCGAAUUGGCCCAGUUUUUUGAGGAUGCGCUGUAACUGAAUGUUAUUCAUUUUACUGUUCCUAUAAACAUUGUAGCCGUAAUUAUGUUAGCUUUGAUCUGCACAAAAUCUACGAAUAAAUGUUAUCUGACGUCAA